AUGCAUCAACCAAACCUUGUCAUUGAAUCUCCCUAUACCACGCUGUCUGCAUGGCUCCAGAAGUAUGGAAUGGCUGGCACAGGCGACACACUAGAUACAUCUAGAUCGACUCUGCAGGAUCUCUCAAAUGGAUCGCAUCGGUGGGAGUUUCACAUAUUGACGCGUUGUGGACCGGGAGAUACGGGUAUCGAGGGAAUUUUAGUGUUUCUAGAGUCUCGGUAUGAGUGGAUUCAAGACCCACUGGAGCUGCCUGAUGAUUGGAAGAGCACAGACGACUUUUCCCUGGAAGCAACACUCAAAGGGGCGUUAAAUCAGUACCUGGACCAGUUUGAUGAAUCAUACGUUUCCUUCAAGCCUAGGCCGUACUUCUCCAAUAUCGACUACCCUUCUUCCAACGUAACCUUUCAUGAAAUCAAUGACCCAACACUGUCGAUAUACGAUGUGAAAUGGACGUUAUUCAAGAUCCUGUCAAAGUGUGAUCCGAGCAUGUACACAAGAUACAACGAGCUUGUGCCAAUCUCGUUGUAUUCUUUCGUUCUUCCGUCCGUUUUCUAUCAGAUUCCACAGUGUGAUAUCCUCAGAUCCGUUCCGAUUGACUUCCCCGUCUAUUCGGCCGCUUUCGGAGCGUCUGUCUGCAUCGAUUUUGCUUGCAAACCUUCCUUACACCGUCUUCCAAAUGGUCUCCCCGAUCGUUUCUCACCCAUUAUCUUUGCUGCCGAUUAUGUCGACCUUAUAAGCGUGCUCACUGACGACGAACUCCAGCGGGCUUACAGUGACGAACCAGCGGCCAAUCAGGAAACAUUUCCCGAUAGAUCCCAGGGAAUCGUGAAGCUUGCAAAGAUAUUCGAGCCAGCCUUGCAGCUGCUAGUGACGUACAUAACGAACAAGUUUCAAAUCAACGAUCGCGAGUGGCGGCCAGAGUUCGAUCCCUUCGAAGUGCCUAUGGAGAUGAGCCACCUCCGACCAGACAUCCCACAAGACUUAUUCUUGUAUGGUAUGAACUACACCAAAAACGAUGCCAUGGUCUACGCCUUUUUCCCUCGAUACAACAUAACACCAUCUAGACGAGUUAUAUGGGGGUUUUCGUGUGCUGAAGCUCACAGGCUGCCGUCCAUCAUUGCCUCAUCAUCCAUUCGAAAUCGUUUAGAUUUUUUCAAAACUUUGCUGAGGAUCCAACGCCACACUAUCCACCUUGCCGAAAUUUUCAAAACGAUCUCGCUCUCACGAUCAGCUGAAUGA